AUGCCACUGGAGACCAACCCGACGAGGCACCACUCUGGCGACACCCACGCUGAUCAGUUGUCUCUGCAACACGUUCUAGCCCAGCGCUGCGAAGACAAUGAUGACGAGGAACAGGAGGACCCAUGUGAUGGUGGCCGGGCCUGCUCCUGCAUGAAACCGCUGGCUGAACACCCAGAAGCAAAAUGGUCCCUUAGCCGAGCUGCCGUGAGAAGAUUCAACAUGAUGCGCGAACAACUUCAAUAUCGAGAUGCGGGAUCGUUUGGAAUCCAGAUUUUCGGCGAGUAUUCCAUCUGGGGUACGAUCAAAGUGAUAGACAAUCAGAUUCUGGACUUCCAGGAGGCGAAUGACUGGAAGGAACAAUGGGCAGUCUGCGAAGCCCUUGCCAUUUUACUCGGUGCCGAAGAACUUAGCGAUAUGGAAUGCGAACCCGGAGGUGAAAAUCUCGCUGCGAUCAUUUCCUUGACUAUCGAAAAUACAGAGGGACUGGCCAACUAUGGCCUAGAUUUCGAAGAACUUGACGAGGCCGUUCUAGCCUAUGCGCUAAAACACAAUAUCCUUCUGCUAGACGUUCUCGGAUCGCAACAACACAUCAAGCGGCUCUCCGAGAAGACCCGUACAUUUAGUCUCCGUGAAAAUGACGCGAACGACAGCGACCCCUGA